UUAUUUUGUUUAAAAAAGAAAUGGUAUUCAACCUUUCGUGAAAUAAGCCACAAUGAUAUAUUUAUAACAAAUACAAUAUUAUUUUAGAUGAAAGGUUCAUACCGAAAAAGGCAAUAAAUAAAUUCGAAUAGAUAAAGAUUGGGAUGAGAAAAUAAACGGAUAAACCCAAAGAUAGAGGCGAUAUAAACACGUCUAUUUUUAUUACUAAAGCGUAAUUUCCGUAAUAGAACAAAACGUACCAAUAAAAAAACUACCAAGAACUCAUUUGUUUUUAUGUGAAUUUUAUUAAGUGAAUAAAAUUUUAUCUCGGCCUACAUCGGUAACCACGGCUUAACAAAGUACGCAUACGGCAAUGCCUACUGCGCAUGCCCGUGGCUCACUCAUUCCGGACUAUUUGUUUUGUCGUUACACUAUCAAAAAGCUUCGGAUUGCUCGCAUAGUAGCAUCUUCCCUGCUAAUUGGGUGAUAUCCGAACGUAUCUUGGCUAUCAUACAGCCCUUGGUGUAAAGUGCAAGUGUGUGCGAGUUUCCGAACGCGCGGAAUCAAUCAGCCGCCUGUCAAGUGCUCGCGACUUCGCGCCAAUAGUUGACGUUUGGCCGCGUGCGGUCGCUCGUUCGGAAUUUGAAUAACUUGACGUUUCGUGAGUGCUCUUUAUCGGUGAUUUGUGGUGGACAUUACAGGUAAACACUCGGACCUGUGCUAUCCGCAUUCAGCCGCAGAAUCUAUCAUACCCUGGUUAAACUAAACGUGACACCGUGCAUUGAACUCUAGUUUAAAAACACUGAAUACUUAAAAACUUAAUUCAAGUUUUAAAAACUUCAAGGCGUCCUUGGUCCUCCAAGAUGAAUAUAACCUCAACGACGGACGGGCCCGGUAUAAAGGGUACGAUGGCGAUCUUGAACUGUCUGCUGGCUCGCCAGCUCUGCUUCGAAGACGCCUCCUGCUCUGCCAUCCUCGAGAUCAUCCCCCGCGUCUGUGGCUCUGAACUUGUUGCUUGCUCUACGGUGACCGUGACGAAGUGCCAGGCUGCUCUGAGAACCUUGCAGGCUUUCCCGUUCUUUAAACCGACUUGCCUCUGUCGGGAACCGAACGUGGAUCCUGAAUGCAACUCCUUCCGGGACUUCCUGUUCGACCAUCCCUGCGUGUUUGUCAUGAAGAAGGAGAAAGACCCGUACCCAGUGGAAACCCUGCCGACCUGCACGUAUGCCCUCAGCGUCUGCCACAACGAGAAAGCCUGCUCCGUACUCUUCGAUCGGUUCAAGAAUGCUUGCAAGGCCAGGGAUGGAGAGUGUCGUAUGGAUGACAGGGAGUCAUGCCGCGAAGCCUGGGCUGGUCUCCGGCUCUCCCCGCUGUUCGGCUGCAUCUGUCCCAACACCCACAUGAAGAAACGCUGCGACCGCAUCUUCGCCGUGGUUAACCACAACCCUUGCGUCGUAAAGCUGAUGUCGGACGGAAGGACCGCGAAUCGAAACGGAACCGGUGUGACUUCGUGGAUCGGCGGUAUGUCAAUAACACAUGAUGGGAACCUGAUCGCUCCGGACAAAAUUAUGACGCACAUCCACCGUUAUGCGAGCCCCCACUACAACCCGCACGGGCAUCAUUACCACCGCUGGAACCAUGAGCCGGGGGGGAGCGAGGACCCCCUGUACGCGACCAAGACAGUCUACGGACCUGGAUACAUUGAUGAAAACCAGAGGAUUGGAAAAGAAAACGGUAAAUCAGGUGAUGACAAGGUGGCCCUUCAGUCGACGUGCCACGUGGCCCUGGAUGCCUGCAUCAAGGAUAGCGAGUGUGUGACGUCACUGACCCCGGUACUCCAGAAGUGCCAUGCUACGGACUGUGACCGGGAGGGCUGCAUGGCGGCGCUUCGAGGGUUCUACAGGAAAUCUGGAGUCCAUUGGAACACUGAGAUCGCUUUUUGUCUUUGCAAGAAAACGGACAACCGUGAAGAUUCCUGCAUGAACGCUCAGGAGAGGCUGCACCCUUCGUGUGCCCAACGCCCACCCGUGGGCUCCCCGCUACCCGCCUGCCACACCCUGGCUCAUGCCUGCAGAGAAGAACCAGAGUGCAGGAUUCGUCUUGAGAACUAUGAGCAGUGGUGUGCAGUGGACGCCGUCACCCAGGGUUGUGCCGGUUCCCCUGCCGCGUGCAGAGCUGCCGUGGUGGCGGUGCUGGGGACGCAGCUGCGAGCUGCCUGCGCCUGCCGCGGUACCGACUUCGCUCAGCUGUACGAUUGUCUCGGAUGGCAGAGGCUGCUCUGGCUCAAUCCUUGCGUUGUGGAAUCCCAAAGCGACUACCACAUGAAGACCUACGGCUCCCUGAUGACCACCACUCCCUUUGACAACGGCAUCAGGUACAUCACGGUGGCGCCCGAGUCACCUAUAUACCACCGCACUACCACCCAUCACCAUCGGCAUACCACGCAGCAUGGGACGCCGCAGAUUGAUCCUGUGCAGGAAACCCGCGAAGAACUGAGUCCAAUAACAACCAUGUCGGAACAGACAGUUGGUCCCAACGAGGUAGCUCAGAUCUCCGAGCCGGUCAUCGAGACCACGACCGAGACAACCACAGUCGCCACAACCACCACCUCAACCACCACAACCACAACAACAACGACGACCACAACCACGCCACGGCCGACCACAACCCUGGAGCCGACGAAGUAUUGCAUCGUUAAGAAGCCAGAGAGUGAUGACCAGGCGCAGUAUAUUAAGAUGGGAGAAACGAGGAGGCUGUACCGCUCAGCGGAGCUAGCAGAGUGCACGGACCUGUGCGUGUGCGAGGCCUCGCUGCAGGUGUCGUGCAAGGUGGCGUGCGUGCCGCGCGCGCCGUGCUCGUCGCGCCUCGCGCACUACUCGCACGCCGCGCCCGCCUACCAGGCCUAUAGGGGGCGCUGUUACUGCUACUCUGGAUCCUUCAUCUGUAUGAGGCCUAAUCCUGGUGAAUACAAGCUGCCAGAAGGUGUAUACCUGCUCCUCGGGUUCAGCGCAGUGGACGAAGCUCUGCUGCGACCCCACACCGGGCUGGGGGCUGAAGACGCUGUCCGCCUACUGCAGCAGUACCUCUACUCUGUGCACAGUGAGGGGACAAACUGCACGCUGACUCUAUUCAACAUCAGCAAUGAGAAUGUAAUCAUCUCAGCGAGCGUGCCGCAGCGUGAGCAGGAGGCACUGCGAGAGGCCGGGGAGGCGCUACUUGAUAGAGAAAAGGAGGAAUGCAUCGACGUCCUCAAGGUGGUAAAAUCCCGUAUCAACUCUCAGCACGAGGACAUCUCCUCACACCUUCUCCUGUCGAUCUUCAAAAUCGCUGAAGUGGACGUCGUGUACCCCACCCCGCCAAGCUCCGCCAUCACCUCCCACAGGCCCAUCACCAUCCUCUACAUCACCAUUAUUCUCAUCACCUUUCUCUACAACUUCAACUCAACAAUCUCCUUCAUAAAAACUAUCCUAUUCUUCGAGCGUUUCGUCAAUUGUUUCUCGAAUUUAUUGACUAAUAAACUAAGCAUCAAAGGGUUACCGACCCAAAACGUUUUAGACCUCGUUCCUUUCGAGAAAUAUUCCAAUGAACAUAUCAAAUUUGUAUCUAUUUUGAAAUGUUACGAUGAAUUUAUUGUUAGUAAUGUAGAUGUUGUAAAUUACAUUGAGAAUCGGCACGAUGCACUUGCUUUAGGUGACGCACAAGACAAACAUAUCACCGACGAUCUAGACGUAAGUAAAGUAGAUGUAUAUAAUUAUAAACAAAUGAUACAUAUCAUAAAAGCUGUGAGUAUUACAAUAUUUAAUAAUUUUAAUGAACUUGUUGCUGAUGCAAUUAUACCUAAAUAUUUUUCUAGAGAUGUGUACUACGAAAUUGAAUGUACUUAUUAUGAUUCGAUGAAGCUUUUUGGUGAUUUUGUUUUUGGAAAAAUCGCGUCCUCUUCUUAUGGGAUUGUAAAAUCCGUUAGCCUAGGACUGACUCUAGUAGUAGUAUGAAGACUGACAUGAAUAACUAAACAUAUCAUAGUGGUAUUUCGUUUUAUUUUCGACUUGUAACUGGUGCUUGUAGGUCGAUCUUAAAGGCUGGGUUUUGUAAAUAAGUGUAUUACGCCUUUUACACUGUUAGACCUUCGGUUGGUUUCUCUGGUAGAGUAGAAUGUUUAGUGCUGCGGAUAUCGUCGUUUUCUUCUUUUUUUUCAAAUUCCAUAUUUCAAUACGGCAACACAGAAUGGUUUCUGUUUGAUAAAAUUAUUAUUUACUUUUUCCAAGAAAAAUAAAAACUAUAUUUCGUUCGGUAUGGAAUAUUUUUUGUAUUUCUGCUGGUUUAACGCCCAAAAACAACUCUUUCAAGACUUGUUUUUGAGAAAGUGGAAGGAUUCUCUACAUAAGGUAGUGGUGUUUCACUCACAAAACUUACUUAAAGGUGAUCUCCAACAAAACCUUCUUACUUCACGCAAAAUUUUGGCGUCAAGGAAUCAAGAAUUUUCUCAUCCUUUUUUUCCUUUUCUACACUAGAAAUAACAGGUAGGUUGUGAUACUCUUUAGAAAAUUAUCUUUUAUUAUCUUUUAAAGGAAUAUCUGCAGCAUAAAACCUUUCUGUCUUUGUUUCCCUAACUAGAUAGUAGCGGUUUAUCGCCUUUAGUUAGUGACUGUACUUAGGUAUCUAUAUCCAUCAAUGUGAAUGCACGUUAGAUUAUGUUUGGGAUUGGACAGAACUUAGUAAUUGUAACAAUUUUUAUUCUUAAUCUUAUUUUUGAAGUUAUACAGUCAGAAAA